UCCGCAGAUGAAAUAAUGAGCAAAAAGAGUCGAGUUUGGAAUUUUUUCUACAAACAAAGCGAUACGGUCGCAAUAUGUUGCCUAUGUCACAACAACUAUUCACGAAAGGGACGCGGCACAACCUGUCUACGAAAUCAUCUCAAGAGCAAGCAUCCUGUUGAAUUUCUAACACUCUCCGAAAACGACAUGAAAUACACAGUGAAAACGGAAAUGAAUGAAAGCACAGCCACCCAAAUCAGCUUACAAGAUGCAGAUCCAUUGGAUGAUAUGCAAAGGCACAGUGAGAUGGAUAUGCAUGCAAGCGAUGAGAAAUUGGCUUUAAUGAUAGCCAGGCAUGAUUACUCCUUUUAUAUGAUCGAAGAUGCUGGUUUCGUGAACUUCAUCAAGAUGCUGCAGCCGCGAUAUACAAUUAGGCCGAUAAGCUUUUAUGAAAAUAUAAUUGCUACAAAGAUCUAUCAACGAAUGCAGACACAAUUGCAGCAAGAACUUUAUAUCCUCGAAUCGGUGACGCUGGCAACAAGCAUCUCUUGGGAUUCGGUCGAUCAAGGAUUGCUCAGCUUAACUUGUCACGGCAUCUCCUCGGACUUUCAGCUUAAGCAAUAUUACUUAAAAUGCGAUGUUUUAUUUGAGCGAAACGCGGACGAUAUUGCUUGCCGCAUUCGUAAUAUUAUUUCGAGUGCCAGCCUGGACCUGCAAUUGCCCAAGGAGAAGAUCCAUUGCGUUAUCAGGGACGAGUUCACAUGCCCACCGGGUGCUGUCGUCGAGUGCAAUGUUCAUCUGUUAAAAGAAUGCGUGAGAUAUGCAUAUGAAUCGAAUGACAAUUUGAAACAAUUACAUGCAAAAUGUCAACAGAUUGUCAAACACUUUGAGGAAUCUCAAAUGGCAUAUGAUCACUUAAGGCACAUUCUUAAGAAGCGUUUGAAUCGCGAUUCAAAUCCCCUAAUGGCAAUUGAUGAAAGUCCCUUUGGUUGGAUCGCAAUAUUUCGACGGUUGCUCAAAUUGAAAGACGCUCUCACAAUUUAUGCCGAAGAAUAUAAUUUAGUGACCAUUUAUCCAGAUGAGUGGCUGGAUAUUGAGAUAUGUAAUCGUGUCGUCCAGCCAAUUGAAGAGAUUAUCAAUAUCUGGUGUAAAACAUCAUCGACAGCAUCCACUGUAAUACCAUUAAUUGCCGCCUUACGCGAUUCACUUCGCACAGAUGUGCACAACUUUGUAUCCUCUGUGACCAUUUGUUCGUUUGCCCGAAAGCUGCUUGAAGAACUGGAAUCGAGAUGUGCCCCACUAACCACAGAUAUCAAAUAUCUAAUAGCCACAUAUUUGGAUCCGCGCUAUAAGCAUGCGUUUUUUACCCAGCAAGAGAUGCAGCAGAUAACAGAUGAGGUCUUGGCUCAACUAUGCGGACUUCAGCCUCAACCGUGGCAGACAGCAAAACUGAUGACGAAAGCGGUUUCUAAUGUAAAAAGCGAAUCGAAGAUUGAUUCAUUUCUCGACAAUAUGCUUACAUCGAACAGCUGCACUGAAGCAUCCUCGUCGUGGAAUUCUCAAGCUCAAUUGAAAAAUUUGCUAUAUUUGUACAAUUCCGAGCCAAAAAUUGAGCGCCAAAGCGAUCCAAUUGGUUGGUGGAAAUGCCAUCCUAAAUAUAGGGACAUUUUUCCAAUUGUAAGACGCUAUCUAUCGAUACCCGCCGCAAGUGUUGCCAGCGGACGUGUGUUCAGUGCAUCUAAAAAGCUCUAUAAUGAUAUGAAAUUAGAGGUGUAUCCCGCAAAUGGAUCUAAGAUUUUGUUUGUCAAAGCUAACCUAGAAGCUCUGCAUCAAGAUCAAAUCUAGUAUGAUUUACAUAAAUAAAUAGACAAAUAAAAAGCAUAACCCUGAUUCACGUUAUAGCGAAGAACAUA